AUGGCUAAACGGCAACUAACAGAAAGUGAAAUUCAACGUGCCCUUGUUGAAAGUGACGAUGAAAAUUUUUUUGUGCGUGAGAACGAUCGUGAUGAAGAGAAUUUUUCUUUUGACAGCUGUUCUUAUAGUGACAGUAAUGUGACAGAACCAGCAUCUGAAAACGAUGAUGAACAAUUAUGGAGAAGAGAUGGAACAACUUGGAAAUCAGAACCUGACAGGCAAAGACGAACGCCUCGACACAACAUAAUUCGCGGUGGUAUUCAUAAGGUGAUUCUUCCUCCGGGGCAAGCUAUAAUAGAUCCGAUAGACAGUUUCAGCCUUUUUUUCGACGAUCACGUAUUAGAAAUAAUAGUAAAAUAUACCAAUACUGAAGGGCUAAGAGUUUUACAAAAUCGAUGGAAAUCAACAGACAAAAUCGAAAUGCAAGCAUUUCUAGGUCUUUUAUUGACUAUCGGCGUCAAUAAACAGGGAGGUGUGGAUUUUAGAGAAUACUGGGAUCCUAUCUUUGGCAAUCCAAUAUUUCGAGCUACAAUGGGAAAAAAUAGAUUUGCUUCUUUAUUACGAAACUUACGAUUCGAUGAUAAAAAUACUAGGUCCCUGAGAAAGUCCAAAGAUAAACUUGCACCUAUUAGAGAAUUAUGGGAAUACGUAAACCAAAACCUGAAAAAGUUUUAUUUGCCUGGAGAAAAUCUAACCAUUGACGAGCAGCUUGUCCCUUUUCGAGGACGCGUAUCAUUCAAACAGUACCUACCCAGCAAACCUGAUAAGUAUGGUAUGAAAAUUUGGUGGAUCUGUGACAGCAAAACUAGUUACCCCCUAUUUGGAAUACCAUAUCUCGGAAAAGAAGGACAAAACAGGGCGGAAAAUUUAGCCUACAAUGUAGUCAACCAGUUAUGUGAACCAUACUUCCGAAGUAAUAGAAAUGUUACUUUUGAUAAUUAUUUCACGAGUAUUGAUGUCGCAAAAUCUUUGGCACAAAAUGGUCUUACAAUAGUUGGAACAUUGAGAAAAAAUAAGGCGUGUAUACCUCCAAAUUUUCAACCCAAGAAAACCCGCGAUAUUGAGUCUAAUGUAUUUGGAUUUUAUAAAAAUAUGACAUUGGUCUCUUAUGUACCAAAAAAGAAUCGUGCUGUAAUUUUUUUGUCUACGAUGCAUCAUGGAAAAGAAGUAAAUGUGAACAAAAACAACAAAUCUGAAAUAAACUUGUACUACAACUCCACCAAGGGAGGUGUCGAUACGCUGGACCAGAUGGUUCAUGAGUAUACAGUUCGGCGUAAAACAAAUAGGUGGCCAAUGGCAUUUUUUCAAAAUAUUAUAGAUGUUGUUGGCAUUGCAUCGCUUAUUAUAUGGAAAAAUAUACAUCCUGAUUGGAACUCACGAAAAAAAAAUACACUAAGAAAACGAUUUUUACGUGAAAUCGCAAUCGAUUUGGUAACACCUCAUAUACGGAGACGAAGCAUGAAAGGACUAUCAAGUUACCACUUAGCAGCCAUGCAAGACGUGGCAGGGCCAAAUCAGGAAGCUGCUCAAUCAUCUGAAACAGCUGCGAAAAGGAAGAAGCGUUGUUAUAUUUGCCCUUCGAAAUUAUCAAGGGCUUCAAAACAGUGUUGUGAUAAAUGCAAUCGAAAUGUAUGCUCCGAACAUUCAGAAAAAAAAAUUAUUUGUAAUACCU